AUGCUGCUGCUAGCGCGAUACUGUCUCUUCGGGGCUGCGACGUUCGCGCACGAAUCCUUCGUUUCGUCAUCCACCCCAAUUAGCUGCAUUUCUCGCGUUCCUCUUCGCGAAUCCUGCUUGCCUCUCGUCUAUUUCGUCACGAGCUUUGCCGAUAUGUUGACUCGAUCCCCGCCAAUCUCCCCCCGGUUCCGCUCGCCUCUCGGCGACUCCCCUUUAGCUUCCCCUUUCGUCGCAAAUUCCGCCGCAAAUCCCGCCGCAAAUCCCGCCGCGUCUCCCGCCGGCUCCGUUCGUCACGGUGGACCGAAACUGGUUCUCGUCGGCGUGACUCUGCACCAAUCAGGAGGCUCCUUUUGGGGGGUGCGCGGAGGAAGCGGACGAGAUGCGGGGGGAGGCGGAGCCGGGAGCGCGGGUGUGACUGUAUCGAAGGAUGGACUGGCGCUGGUGGAUUUCGCUUUAUCGAGGCUGGUUGUACCGGGGGAUAGGGUGGUGGCGCUGGUGAUACAAACGGGGGGAGAGAAGGGGGAGAAGGGGGAGAAGGAGCGGGGGGAGCAGGGGGAUAUAGAGGCGCGGAGGGUGGUGCUGGCGGCGCUGCAGCCACUGGCGGAAGUGGCUUCCGCCAAGCAGGUCAGGGUGGAGGUGUGUGUGUGUUGGGCAGCAGACGUGCCUCAGGGCCUUUUGCAGGGCGCGUUGACACUGGGAGCAGGGAUUGUGGUGCUGGGCGCGGCCAAGAAAGGAAGCCUGGGCUUUAAGAGUUCAUCCAUCUCCUCAGCUACUCAAGAAACCGUCGCUCAUCUCGCCCGUCAUCUCCCCACCACCACCAAAGUCAUGCUCGUCUCCCACGGCGCCUGCUCCCUCUCCAAAUCCGGAGAGCUCUCCACCGCUCCCAACCCCUUUCCUUCUCCUCUGCACCCUUCUGCAUCGCCUGUCUCUCCCCUCUCUGCUCUAAACACCCCUUUGGCUGUCUCUGCUGCUUCUACUGCCGCAUAUACCCCUUCCCCUGGUUCUGCAUCCCCUUUAAGAGCUGACCCGUUAAGAGCUGACCCGAGAGAGUGCCAGGCUGUUGGGAGUGGGUCUGAUUCGCGGGGGGGGAGCGGGGACAGAGGGGAGGGAGGGGAGGGAGAAGGGAGGGGAGCAGCAGCAGCAGCAGCAGCAGAUGGGGGAUGGAAACAAGACCCUACUGUGCUCCUCUCCCCCAACCCUCUCCACCCCUCCACCGACCUCCUCCCCCCUCCCCCACCUUCGGAAAUUCUUCGGGAGGUGUACGGGAGAGAAGAGUAUGGGGAGCAAGAGUUUACACUUGAACAGAUAUUGCAAGCAACUGAUAAUUUCAACCCGAAGAAUGUUCUGGGGGAGGGCGGAUCUGGGCAGGUUUUUCUGGGGACGAUUACAAUGGCUGUUCCAGAUUUUGGGGGAGGAGUGGAAGGUGGGAGCGGGAGAAUGAAGGAGAUUCUUGCGGGCAGCAAGCAAAAAGUUGCGGUGAAGCGGUUGCGCUGGUGGGGGCCUGCCCUGGCCGAAAAAAAGUGUGCGGUCAACACGAAACAAUUCCUCACGGAGCUUCGGGUGGUCCGGAAGGUUCGGCACCCGAACCUGCUGCGCAUGCUCGGCGCAUGCGUGACAGCUGGCGAGCUCCUAAUGGUCUUUGACUACCUCCCGAACGGCGCGCUCGACAUGCGGUUACGGGAUAACCGCAAGCCGCCGCUGACGUGGCAGCAGCGGCUGGAGAUUGCUAGCGGGGCGGCGAGGGGUUUGGCGUUUCUGCACAGUGGGUGUCGCCCUCCUAUCAUUCACCGGGAUGUGAAGUCAGGGAACAUCUUGCUAGAUGAGGACUUGGAACCCGUGGUGUCUGAUUUUGGUUUGGCGAAAGUUGCACCGGAGCACUUCACACAACCAAUGACCGUCACAGCCAUUAUGGGCACACAGGGGUACGUGGCACCUGAAUACGUGCGAACAGGCAAGAUCACAGAAGCAGUGGACGUGUUUGCAUUCGGAGUGGUGUUGCUAGAGCUCAUCACAGGGCACAUCCCCUUCCAUCCUUCUAGGACACCGGCCUACCUCUUUGCGUGGGCAAUCCCAGUGGCCAAGGCAGGCGAAUUCCACAGGCUAGUAGACUACCGUCUAGAGGGCCGGUACGACCCGAGCCAGCUGCAGGCAGUGGCGAUGCUGGCUGUGAUCUGCCUUGCCCCCAACCCGAAAGACCGACCCGUCAUGGCUGAUGUCGCCAAGUGGUUGACUUCGUGGGUGGGGCAUAAAUCCACUGCCUGA